AUUGAAAACAAAUUAAUCGUAUUAGUUAGCAAAUAAUCAACAGAUGUGACCUCAGUGUUAAAUUUAUUCCCAUCCAACAUCCAUGUCCAUUGUGAACGACCUUGAUUGGAGACUUUUCUUUGACUUUAACUUCAGCCAAGAAGACAAAUUUGUAAAAAAAAAAACUUCAAAAACAAAGAAUACCCAGUGAGUUGUGAGUAAUCCGUUUGCCUUUGCAAUAUAAAAAUAAUCACAUAAUUCUCGCCCAAAAAUAAGAAAAUACAUAAAUAUUCUUCCAAUUAGAAUUUAAGAAAUAACCUUUCUAAGCAAUAAUGUCCCACCAAACAGGAAUCAAAGCAAAUGAUCAACUUUUGAAAGUCUUUGGAAAAAGUAAAAAUGGGAAAGUGAGAGUUAUAAAAGUAUCUAUCGAAAAUGAGGAACUCGUAAGCGCCGGCACUCAAGACGUCAAGAAAGACUGGGAAAAAGACUACGACAAACUAAUUGGCCCCAUGAUUGAGGAAUCAGUGCCAUGUUACAUUCUCUAUCGUUUGGAUAGCAAGACGUCUCUGGGUCACGCAUGGCUUCUCAUUAGUUGGGUUCCGGAUACGGCCAGUGUUAGGCAGAAGAUGGUUUACGCCUCGACUAAGGCCACCUUAAAGCAAGAAUUCGGCUCUGCACACAUCACAGAGGAACUCCAUGCCACCGCAAACGAUGAAAUCACCUUGAACGGAUAUUACAAAAUUAAGAAGGCAUUUGCUGCUCCAGCUCCGCUUACAAUGCGCGAAGAGGAGAUUCAGGAAUUGAAGAAGACUGAAGUGAAUACAGAAAUAAGCACCGACACACGGCACCAGACGCUCGGUGGUGUGUCAUGUCCCCUGUCCGAGGCAACUGUUGCCGCUGUCAAGGAUGCAGCUAAGGGUUCUUAUGGAUAUAUUCAAUUCCGCAUCGAUUUAACAGAAGAGAGAAUUCAUGUUGUGAAUGCCACAAACAUUGCCGUAGAAGAGCUUCCCAAGCAAAUACCUGAAGAUCACGCCAGGUACCAUCUAUUUCUCUUCAAACACACCCAUGAGGGUGACUACCUCGAAUCGUUUGUCUUCAUCUACUCCAUGCCUGGCUACUCGUGCUCUGUUCGCGAGCGCAUGAUGUACUCCAGCUGCAAGGCACCCUUUCUAGAGGCUCUGGAAGCCCUGGGAGUAGAAAUUGCAAAGAAGUUGGAAAUCGAUAGUGGAUCGGAAUUGACAGAGCAAUUCCUCCAAGACGAGCUGCAUCCAAAGAAAAUUCUCCACCGACCCGCAUUUGCCAAACCCAAAGGACCGCCAAACCGAGGCGCCAAGCGUCUGACGCGCCCCCAGCAAUCCGACUGAAGAAAUUCGUGCUUCUCCGACUCCGAGUGCAUCGUUCUUGUUGACUCUUAACCGUAUUGCUCGCAUUUAUUCUUGCAUAAUGAAAAAUAUAGUAAAACAUCUCGUGGAUUUGUGCUUACCGUUAACUCAAGCUGCGAUUUACUUUUACAAUUAUUAUAUUAUAUACAUAUUCUCUUUUGUGUUCGUGUAUUUUCUUAUUUUGU